GCAUUGAAGUAAAAAGGAGCAAGUUGGAGCAUGCGACGCGAACAAACCUUGUAUAGGCUACGAUCGGAACUGUUUUCAAAUUUUCUCGUCAUGACCGCCAAUGUUGAAGAAGAGGGCAGGAUUCUUCGUGUAAACAAUCGUUUGUGCCAUUUUUCGAAUAACGGAGCAUAUUUGGCGAUCGCGUUUCAGGCGAAUCUACUUAUAAAGGAUGUGAGGACUCUCAUGACCUGUCAAUCGUUUAUAUUCGCGGAUGUGAUACAGCAUAUAGAAUGGUCUUCAAAUAGCGAAUAUAUUUUGUGCGCAAAUAUAAAGAAGGCUAUUGUACAAGUAUAUUCAGUACAUUUUCCACAAUGGAAAUGUAAACUUACCGAAGGUAGUGCAGGUUUGCAGAGUGUUACUUGGUCUCCAGACAGUAAAUGCAUUUUUACAAUAGCAGAUUUCAAUAUUCAAAUAUCUAUCUGGAAUUUGGAAGAUCAAACUGUAUCACACAUACAAAAUCUAAAGACCUCCACUUUUGACAAAUUACAUUUUAAUUCUGAUGGCAAGAAAUUGGCUGUGAUAGUUACGGAGGAAGACGAGGAUAAAGUGGAGAUUUAUAAAACUGAUAAUUGGAAGAUAAGCCGAAAACUCAUCUGCGAGCGUUUACGUAGCAUCGACGGGAUCCGCUGGUCGCCGAACAAUGAAUUGCUAUGCAUAUGGUGUUCCUCUCCCGCGGAACCAAAGCUGCUCGUUUAUUCCACUGUGUGGGAGAAACCCGUGGUCGCUUGGACCCUAUCGGAGAUUGUACGGCCAUUCGAAACGUAUAAGGAGCUUAAGGGAAUCGAAAAUAUCGAGUGGUCACCAAGCGGACAAUUGUUAGCUGUAAUCGGAUUUAAUGAAAUGAUUAUUCUUCUCAACUACAUCACAUGGAAACCAUUGUCACAAUUAUAUCUGGAUCCUGUGAUCAGGGAAUGUAAUUAUCUAACGAAAGUGUACAAGGAAUGUGCGGAAUUGGAAAAAACUUCUGAUAAACGUUUCGCUUCUUGUGAGGAAUGUGUUGUACGUGAAAUACACGAAAGGCCAAUAUAUAUAGAAAUUGGAAAGAAAGAUGACAAUGAUAAUUUUUCGAUAGCAAAAGUAAAAUUAUUUGAAUUUAGCGCAUGCGGACAAUAUUUAGCUCUAAAGCAUGAGCUUUAUCCUACUACAUUGUGGAUAUGGAAUAUUUGUACAGACUAUCUUGAUUAUUUGUUACUCGUAAAUCCCAUUACAGCUAUCAAAUGGAACCCUGUACAUCUACAAUUGCUCGUAUUCUCUGAAUGUACUCGUGUGUACGAAUGGACGCAAAAAGGUAUAAAAUCUGUGCCGCUGUCUAAAAAUAUCAUAAUUGUAGAUGGGAAUUGGCAUUCCACAGGAGAAAAGAUUGCAUUGUGUGGUUACAACAAAGCGAUGAUUUAUGAGAUCGCGAAUGUAUAAUAUUAAAAUAAAUAUAUAUUUUUUUACAA